CGCCGGAAGGAGGGUUCGGUUCCGGGCUGCGCGGCGUCAUGGAGUCGCUGUGGCGGCUCAAGCGGUUCGACGCUUUUCCUAAGACCCUGGAAGAUUUUCGGGUCAAGACGUGCGGAGGAGCGCUGGUGACGGCUGUUAGCGGCCUCAUCAUGGUGCUGCUUUUCUUCUCGGAGCUGCAGUACUACCUUACCAAGGAAGUUCAUCCAGAAUUGUAUGUUGACAAAUCAAGGGGAGAUAAAUUGAAGAUCAAUCUAGAUGUUAUUUUUCCACAUAUGCCUUGUGCUUAUCAGUUUCCUUGCGCACUGGUUUCAGAUUUGAGCAUUGAUGCAAUGGAUGUAGCCGGAGAGCAGCAGCUGGAUGUAGAGCACAAUCUGUUUAAACAACGUUUGGAUAAAGCUGGCAAUCGUGUAACUCCAGAGGCUGAGAGACAUGAGCUGGGAAAAGAAGAAGAAAAAGUGUUUGAUCCAAAUUCUUUGGAUGCUGAUCGCUGCGAGAGCUGUUAUGGGGCAGAGUCAGAGGACAUUCGGUGUUGUAAUACUUGUGACGAUGUCAGAGAAGCAUACAGGCGGCGAGGCUGGGCCUUCAAGAACCCAGAUAGCAUAGAGCAGUGCAAGAGGGAAGGGUUUAGCCAGAAAAUGCAAGAGCAGAAGAAUGAGGGCUGCCAAGUAUAUGGUUUCCUAGAGGUCAACAAGGUCGCUGGAAAUUUCCACUUUGCACCAGGAAAAAGUUUUCAACAGUCUCAUGUACAUGUUCAUGAUCUGCAGAGCUUCGGACUUGAUAAUAUCAAUAUGACACACUAUAUCAAACAUCUCUCAUUUGGAAGGGAUUAUCCAGGCAUUGUGAACCCUCUGGAUGGGACAGCCAUCACUGCACAACAAGCUUCCAUGAUGUUUCAAUAUUUUGUCAAAGUGGUGCCCACUGUGUAUAGGAAAGUAGAUGGUGAAGUGGUAAGAACUAACCAGUUCUCAGUUACACGACAUGAGAAAAUAGCGAACGGUCUACUGGGAGACCAGGGUCUGCCUGGUGUCUUUGUGCUGUAUGAGCUUUCACCCAUGAUGGUGAAGCUGACAGAGAAACACAGGUCCUUUACUCACUUUCUCACUGGAGUUUGUGCCAUUGUUGGAGGCAUAUUUACAGUUGCAGGUUUCAUUGACUCCUUGAUAUAUCACUCUGCACGUGCCAUCCAGAAGAAAAUUGAACUUGGGAAGACAACAUAAGCAAUAAGCUUAACAUACUGGGGAGAGAAGCAAUUUGUGGUGUGGGUAAGGAGAAUGAUUAUCUUCAAGCAAGAAUGUUGAAAAGCAGGUUUGUUUUAAAUGUAUUUUUUACAAGUAUAUUUAAUGAAUACAGUGGGUCAGGAUGAGGAAGGGAACAUUGUAUUCAUAUGUUUCAUCAGGAACAAAAAGUGGCCUGAACAGUUUCAUUGCUCAUCAGUGCACUCAGCUUUGUAACUAAGUUUAUGAGUAGUCAGGAGAGGAAUAUGAAUGGAAGUAAUGCAGCAAGAGUUUAACCCAGACUGAAACAGUUAUCACUGUUUCCUAUCAAGGACUGGCUUGUCCUUGAUAAGAAAACCAAUUGCUUGUAAACUGGAAAAACAUUGCAGAUCACUGCCCAGAGCACACCUGAGAACCUAAAGAAUUAUGAAGGGAAGGUGAAGGUGCAAUACUUGUACUCAUCAUGGGAAACUGGAAGUAGUGGAAAGAAGAAAUCAAAGCUACAGAAAUGGAGAUUCUGCAUGGAGAGGCAGAAAAUUAAUGAAGCUAGUAAGUAAUACAGGCUUCUGCUAUCAGUAGGAAGGAUAUGAGUACAAGAGUUCUGGUGAUUUUGAGAGACUGAAAGCCCACGUGACCAAGAAUCAUGAUGAAGCUGAGUCUGAAUCAAGGAUGUUAGUGAUUGAAAGUGAUAAAAGACAUCCUGCUAACUCUGCUCUGGAGGAGAAAAACCUUUGGGGAGCUCAUUCCCCAGGGUCUGCAGUCUUGUUCUGCAGGGAGUCAUGUUCUGCAGGGGUGCCCUUUUUAAAGUUGUAAGGGGUCAAAAAGUAAAGGAAAUGGUGGUUCACAUGUUUUCAAAGUUUAUUCAACAUAAGAUCAUUUAAAAUUUAUUCAACUCUGUUGUCUUCUGUCACCAUGAUUGAUUUUUUUUUCCCUUCUUCCUUGAUGCAGUUUAAAAAAAUAUUCCCUUAGUUAAAGACUGUAAGAAUAAAAAUCUUAGUAAAAAACUGGGCAGGCUGAGGGGGGCAUCUUCCUUUCCUAAGAAUAACUACAAGCCUCUCCCAAAAGCCAUCUGUGGGUGGAAAUACCAUCUCUGUCAUGCAGCCAGCCACAUUUGACCAGCUGCUGUCCACCAGUGGCUUCGCAGCCCUGCAGGGCCACAUACAGCAGCUCACAGGCUCCAUGCCCACCUCCGGCCCCAACAUCUCCCCUUUGUCCCUUCCAACCAGCAUAGACGGAACUGUGCCCACCCUGUGUCCAGCUAAAUGCAACAUCACUGCUGCCAUGGGAGAAUGGCACCCAUAGUACCCAGCUGACCAAAACCCUGCAAAUCGCAGGGUCUGUGAGCCCGGUAGUGGGGUGGAGCAGUAAGCUAAAGAGCUAAGACAGCUGCUGGCAGUGCCCUUUGGCCCAUUCCUGGCCAAACAGCCUGGCUCCAAUUUCUUGGAAAUGCAUCACUUGUAGAAUACAAUCCUGCCUUCAUGUGCCCAUCUCUCGAUGAGGCUGAAUUCAGCAUCAAUGUCAUGAACUCCCAUCCUGCUUAAGGCUCUGGACCAAUGGGGUUUUUUCCAGUAGUGGUGCCAGUUCCCUUCACUGUCUGCUCCGAAGCCAAACAUGGAGACCUGUGCACGUGCCAGCAACAGCCAAGGCUGUGUGGACGCUGGGGCGUCCCGCAAGCAUAUGGACAAUCAGUGCAGGGGAGUUACAGUGGCAGCAUCUGGUACCAUUUGCUGUGCUCACCUGCUGGCAGUUGUGCAAGGUAAGGAGCAGGGCUGUGAAGCCAGUGGAGGGGUACCAGCCAUGAUGCUGUGUCCAUGGAUGUGCUUGAGGAAAGCUGGGCCCAGGAUCAACACCUGAGUGGGCAGUGGAGUAAUCAGGUGCUCUCCAUGCUGGAACAGGACAGCCAGCUCAACACAGUGCAGCCCUUGGUUCUCUGCCCAGCUGAGUUCUGCCUGUCCCUAAGGAGCUGGAGCCCAAAGAGCUAUUACCUUGCUCCUGUCAGCUUUGAUAAAUGUUUAGCUCUCAUGUGCUGCAAAAGCAGAGGCGAGUAGUGAUCGUGUAGUAUACGCGCUGCUGAGGGGACCCAUUUCUUUGCAAAGGGUAUCCAUUGUCUGCUAGCACCCAGCCCUCAUCCCUUAGGCUCGCCCAGCAACACCCCCUGUAUAAUUCAUAAAGGUUUUGUUUUAUACUUGAAUAACUUUUGGUGGGCACAGACAUAUUUAUAACUUUUGUUAGAGCUCGCAUUGCUAAGUCUUUUGCUUGGGCUAGGAUUGGGGGAGUCAAAUGCGCUUGAGUUACUGGGUCGUCUGCAGGAUGUAGAUUUCCCAUAAAUUGGGAAAUCCCUAGCCCAAAACACAGAUCUUGUUGAGUAGCAAUUGAAUUUUCAGUCCCUGGCACUCUGCAUAGGAUUUCCAUGUCGAUUCAAACAUCAUAUAUUGCACUGUAGUGCACAGCAGUGUGGCUAUCUACUUCAUGUCAUAUGGAGUCAGUUCAGUAGCAGUUAUAAACUAAAGCACAUUUGCAACAGCGGGUGACCCUAGUCCAUGUUUAGCAGCCAUUUGGCAUAGCUCUGAAAGGGUUUGCCAAUUAAAGGGAACAUACUUGUCAGGUAUAUUGCCAUUGCCUCAUAAAAAUGGGAAUGAUGCAAUCUCUUCCCCCACCCCACUGACAGCUUUUUAAUGAUGGUAGAUACCUGGGUACAGAAAUUAGUUCAGCCCCCUCUCUGCUUGUUAUCACUUCCUGCUUUACCUCCACCCAGAAGACAACUGGGUCAUGUGUGGGGGGGUGGCCUCCAACUGGAACAUCAACGGGGCUGCAGCCGAAAGAGGCAGGCUUGCAGGGGCUUGUUCUCUGAAGCUGGUGGCAGGGUAGGAAUUUGGGUUCCCUCUGUGGGUGUCUCGUGGCUGUAGAUGCAAUGGUGCUGUGGCAGGAGCAGGACUGGCUGCAGGAGUGGAGCCAGGUGCUGGAGUGGUAGCGUUGGCACUUCCUGGUUCUGGUUUAUUUCCUGAUAUGAUGUAAUAAAAACAUCCAGGCAUCUGAGAUUACAUCAUCUGAGGCCACACCCCCGUGUUGCAGUGGCGUGCAGGCCUGGCCGGUGGAGGCGGGGCUGUGGGUGCGGUCUGUGGGCUGAGCCAACCAGCUCCGGGCAGGGGCAGUCUGGGCGUUUGCAUGGUGAUGAGAGAUGUGGGGUGGCGGUCUCGGCAACGGCGUGCAGCCGAGUUAUGUUUGCAAACUGCAAAUCAUGGCGGCAUGGCUCGGGCUGUAAGCAGCUCUGUGUAGCUCAGGAGUGAGUUAGUUCAGCAUGGCUGCUUUGUGGCACAGACACUGGGCUUGUUGGCAUUGCAUAACACCUCACUGGGGCAGGAAUGGGGCUUUUUUGCGGCGCCGGGAUUGGGGCUUCUCGGAGGCAAAACACAAUACUCCCACAGGCACGCGGUAUUCCAGCUCUGCCCAGCAUGCGGGCACAGGCGCACCUCUUGCUGCUGUACCGGUAUCCCACCACCUUCUCCCAUACUGCUGUGCCCUGGAGCCCUACCAUGUGAGUAAAUUGCGUAAUCUGGGUCACUGUCUCCUGCCGCGGUUUCUGAGUCCGCGGUAUUUCAACCGUGUGGUGGGAUUGCGAAAUCUGGGUCAUUGUGUCCCACCACGGUUUGACUGUCCGCCAGGGCCCUGCCAUGUGGGGGAGAGGUGGAAAAUGAGUCUCCAGGGAAGGCGUUCCACGGGGAGGGGGCAUUCAGGGCGGCACAGCCCCGAGGGGAAGAGAUUUCAUCUGGCCACCCCGUCCGCAAGGUCAGCCGGGUUCCCAACCCUCUGCUGUCUCUUCAGGCGUCCAUUUUUCUGCAUUUUCAUCAGUUUUUAACAGUCUCAUCGAGUCUAAAGUAAGUUUCCAGGGCUUGAUAAUUUUAAUUUUUGAUCCCCCCUAGAGACAGCUUUAAUUAUAAAUUGUCCAGUUCAUGCCCAAGUAUUCAAGUCAAGGGUAGCCUCUUUAGUUGUACCAAAUCCAUUGUCCUUAGCCCAGGUUAGUAAAUUUCCCACUGCCUCUAGAUUGUAAUCAAUUUCCCAUUCUUCUAAAAGAGCAAACCAUACCUUUAGGGUUUGAUGAGAUUAUGAGAUCCAUCCUCCCAUGGCUCCGAUGGUUGUUUUCUUCUGUGUUCAGAGGCAGGUGCAGAAGAAUUCAAAGUUUAAACGGUUUUCGACCACAAAACAGCUCUGCCACUGUUUUUUGUAGCUUUUGCUUUUUCCAGCUCCUAUGCUGCUUUUUUGUCUCCUCUGCUACUAUGCAGAGCUAGCUGUUGACCUUACACGGAGACAUUACGUGUAACUUGAGGUCCAUGGAUUGGAGACUGUUAUAAGUCAAUAUUACAUUAUUGGCUUUUAACAAAUAUUAAAAUGAAUACUAUAUGUAUAAUGUUGGAAAACUCUGCUGUAUUAAUAUAGUUCCUUUUAUUUCUAUUAAUGAAACUUAGAAAUGGCAGUGUGAUGAAUAUAUAUAUAUAUAUCUUAGGCUAUAGAUUAUAUUAAAAUAAAGACUGCUUUUGUUCAUGUAACCCAGAGAAUAGAAAAGAUACUCAGAAACCCCUCCCCCCCACAUUCCUGGGUUAUCUUAUCCAGAUGAAGAUGGUGGUGACAAGAGCUACAGGGGAGGAAUUUCUUGGACCUCUGUUAUCAUGGGGUGUGAGACUGGAUGGAGCCACCAGAAGACUGAUGGGCAUGAUAAAAUGGUUGGGUGGUGGAAGUUGAAAAUGAGCAGAGGAACAUCUAAACUCAGGAGGAAUGUUUGUAUCAUGCAUGGGGAUUUAUGAAUAUGCAACAAGCUGGUGCUUUUAAGGCAGAAGCCUUUGUUAGAGUGUGUGCUCUUGGCAGAAUGCCAAGCCACCCAACCAUAAUUGUUUAUUCAUUUAAUUAUUUGCUUUAUUUUUAUUAUUGUUUCUAUUAUUAUUGUUAUGGACAAUCAAUAGCCAAUUUAAUAUAAAGUUAUUUUGCUGUUUUAAAAAUAACAAUCUGAGACAGCCACAAUAAAAGAGACAACCUCGAUCCCGGGUUAUCGAAGUUGGGUGAUGGCCACAACUGAACCAGUCCUCCCCGUUUGCAAGCACUUAGAUUCAGUGGGCAGGUUUUAUACAGUUUUUCUUCCCUGCGGCAGUUUUAUUGUUAGUUCAUGUCUGCCAUGCAUAUUCAUGUAUUUUCUUUCUCUGGCCUCUUGGCUUCGAAUGCUUCUUCCUGGCAGAAUCGGCGCUUGAAUGGGGUUCUGAGAAGUCACCAUUGGGAUGCUGAUAGCGACAUCUUUGGGUCUUCCUCCUCUAGACUGGUAUCAUGUGUUAAUCACCGGAGAAGGCAGUGGACCCUCCCUUGAUCAAUGGGACAUCUCCGGUUUGGCCAUUCCUUUUGGUUGUUAAUUUGGACUUCGCCCUGCCAUUGUCUGGAAUCUCUAUAAUUGCAAAUUAGUCUUGGCAAGCAGAAAAGUUUCCACAGUUUUGUGGAGACCUUCUGCCUGUAAUACAGUUUAUAGGUUAUAACAUAUAAAACACAAAUUUAUCUCAAAACAUAUAUCACAUUAUUAUUUCUAUUAAUAAAAAGACAAUUCGGCAAUUGUCUUUUUAUUAAACUUUUUUAAUUUUACCAAGAAAGUGAACUUCAUUUUCACAGAGACAGAUGCAUGACACAGACUUCUUCUGAGUCCUGGGCAACAGCCAGUAACCCACUUUAUUGUUCCAAGCUUCUUUUUAUAACCAGUUUGAAUUCCCCGGGCUUGGGGAGCCUAUUGGUUGGGAAUCUCUGCACCGCCCAGAUCUCUGGCCAGUGGUGUAUCUGCAUCCAGGGCUUAGGUGGGGACACGCAGGUCUUUGUUCCCCUAGGGACUUCUAGAACAAGCCAGGUCAGCUGAAUUAGGUCUCUUAUGAUCAGACUCAUUAUAUCCACCUGUAAACCAGCUGUAUAUUGCUACAAGAGAGGAAGUCAAAAAAGACUGGGUGAACGUACCAGAAAGCAGAGUGGAGUCUCGGAAGUGGGAAAUGUCAUGGGAAAGUUGAGUGGGCAAAGGACAGUGGGAGCCUGGCUAAAGAGUUGUCUUGGUUUGAAAGACAGGUAUCUGCUAGGGAGGGGCAGGACAUCUCUAGGAAUGGGGAAUUCCAAUCCCCUCCCUCCAAGUUGUUAUAAUUUAGAAAUUUAAAGGGGCUUUUCAGGCAGAGGUAUGGGGAAAGGAAUAACAAUUCUUUACUAGUAAAUAUAACAAGGCAAACAAGCAACAACUACUACAGCAUUAAUGUGAUACAUGACCUAAAGUUAAUUCAUGUUAGGUAUUGUGAUGUGUAAUUAAUUCGCAUUAAAAUGUGGUGAUAUGUAAUAUAAAGUUAAUCUGCGUUCGGUUGGACUUAAGAACCUAAAGUGUGUUUAGGGUUAAAGAAGAAAAUAAAAAGCUAAACUGCAAGACGGGGACGCGGGGGUUGGGGGUGGGGAGGGUCCCUGCCGGGAAAAGCCUCAGGACAACCAACAAAACUAAAAGAAUGGGAAAAAUGGGAAGAUUGGCCGUGUCUGCCCCGGAGAUGGGUGUGCUGACGAUCGAGUGAUUAAGAGGGGAUUGAUAUCUUGUCUGUUCCGGCCCGAUUUAACAUUUUCAAAACCUUCUCCGGACCCGGCAAUCAUGACAUUGUUCUGCCCCCAAGAACCUAUUCAACCGACCUGGGACCUGAACAUGAAUACCUAAUGAAGCUACCACGAAGCAAGAGCGCUACGGUCGCCGUCCACUCUCAGCAAAAGACUGUAUAAAAACUGGCGACUCUGGGCACACUUUGUGAACAGAGUGGAUACGGAGCGAUAGAGUCCAUUUCUGCGUUCACCCAGUGCCGAAACCCCGGGGUUCGGCGCUGUUCCUUUUAAUUGUGGCUGUUAGAGACUGAAUUUAAGUCUCGAAAUAAAAUUCUGAAUUUUGAUUUACGGAAUUGGGCUUGUUCAUUCAUUACAAUUAAUAAGAAACAGAACCAGCAACCUCGAGGGACUUUGUUUCACAAAGCCCGGGGCAGUCUGAUCUCUUGGGACUCCGAGAGCACCAAGCUGGAAUGGUGGAAACUCCCGGACUGGUGGCUGGAACAGCAGGAUGUCCCCGGCAGGCAGGGUGGAUGUCCCAGCAGGGCAGGGGGGUGCAGGGCUACAGCAUAGCAAAAAGAGCAGUGCUGAAGAGGCCACGACAGCCAGACAAGGCUGGCCCAGCUCCAGCAAGGCAGGCAGAGGAGUUCAGAAUUCCUGGGCACAUGAGCAGAUGAUGGUAGAUUCCCAGGACCAGACUUUCUGUUGACAGUGGACUUCUCCCACAGCGAGCAGCAGCUUGGUCAUCCUCUCUGAUGCCCAGAGCAAGAAGAGCUCCCAGCUCCCCCAGCCCUGUCUUUUUCCUGCCCCAAGACUCUCAUGAUCUCCCCGCUCCUGACUUUGGCCACCUCCUUUGUGUUGGUCAAGCACCAUCUAAGCAUCUUAGCAACUUAUGGGGAAAAAAACUCUCUAAGACAAAAAAAAAAGAAACAAACCUAACCCCCAAAACCUUCCCUGACCCAUCCUUUGCCUUUUGGACCACUCUGCCCACACAGUUCAGUACUGGUUCAGCUCCCUGAUGGUGAGAAUCAGGGGAAAGGAUCAGAAAUCUCAAUGAUUGGGAAAUGCCAAAUGGUAUGAACUGCCAAGAAUAUCCAUUGGGUCUGGAACAGCUUCCACACUAGGACUGAACCAGAGAGCUGGGACUCUCCCCAAGAGAAGUUUAAGAACAGCAAAAGCUGUUGCUAUCUAGAGGAUCUAGGGUGGCCACAGGUACCUUGUAGGGCA